ACAAAUAUUUUUCCCCAUUACAGUUUCUAACUAAUUAGUUAUUUGGCGAUUACUUGUUAUUGUGAAACAGCUAUGUUUUCAUAUCCUCCUUGUACAAAUGGCUUAAUAGUGCUUAAGGAGUUUAUUGUCAAGACAUGGAAGACUGCUAAAGACAAGCAAAAUAGAAUCAUUUCUGCCCCUCAGCUUAGGCAACCCUUGAGGAGGAAAUGCCAAUUGUUCCCUUCUAUCCCUUUAAUGUUUGGAAAAAGAAAUGUAGUUAUUGUGGCUCUUAAGGCAGACAACUAAAAAAUCUUGUUGAAAUGGAUUUCUUCUAGGAAUUCAGGGCCUCUCUUCAGACUCUACAAGUCAUAUACUCUAUUAAAGCAUAGUUUCCACGAUAACUACUUGCUGGCAUAAAGGCCUUGAACAGUUCUUACUUUCUGGGGUCAUUCUUCAAAUUAACAACAAACUCCACCCCAUCCCUUACCCCUACCCCAGGUAUGAUAAUUUCAUUUCCACGAAAACGUAUUACUGCUAAGCCCAAGGGGUUUAGCAUGCCACUUUUCGGAUCUGAUGUCAAUUUACAAUCCUUCAAAGCUCAAAAGCUACUUUUUCCUUUUGUCAGCAAGACACUUCCACCCUCUUGUGUCUUGUACAUACUGAUAGUUAGGUCACAGCAAACAUUCACUGAAUUUUAACUGGGAGCAUUUUGGAUGGAAAUCAAGAGACCUGGGAUUAACUCUAAAACCGAUGAUAAAUUAUACCAAACGAAUGAACAAGAAGCAAGCACUACGUGUUUUUCUCUUUGAGACAGUCUCACUCUGUUACCCAGGCUGGAAUGCAGUGGCGCGAUCUCGACUCACUGCAACUUCCGCCUCUCAAGUUAAAACGAUGCUCCUGCCUCAGCCUCCAGAGUGGCUGGGAGUACAGACGCGCACCACCACGCGAGCUAAUUUUUUAAAAAUUGUUUGUAGAGACGGGUUCUCCCUAUGCCUAUUCUGCCAAGGAUGGUCUCGAACUCCUGAGCUCAAGAGAGUCCCCGGCCUCGGCCUCCCAAAGUGCUGGGAUUACAGGCAUGGGCCUGUAAGCAUAUAUAUACAUGCUUUUUUUUUCCCGAGGACCUGGUUCCCGAAGCACCAAUUUCCCUCAACAGUCAUUUAGAAAACGAGGCUCACAGACAAAACACAAACAGAAAUAACUUUUUCGCUGGAGGAUUAUAACUGCAAUAAAAGAGGAGAUCCCAAAGCAACCUGAGACACUGCCUUGCCCUGAUUGGAAAGGGGACUCCGGUGAUUAGUGAAAGAUGACUCCCGCAUCCCUUGCGUGCGUCCGUAUCCGGGAGCAGCCACUGGGUAACUGUAGGGGCCACUGCAAUUAAUCGGCUUGUACAGCCAGGAGCGGAAACCCGAGAGUCAGUUCAACCAUAGCCACCCGCGUGCGCCCGCGGAAAGCCGAUGGCCUACUCUCGUCGGGCAGCGCACUGGUUUCCUCGGUUACCUGCCUACGCGCUCCUCCCGCUUUCUUUUCCGGGCGGCGACAAUCUGACGCUCUCAGCGCGUGACGCAGCACGCUCUGGCAUAAAUACAGACCGCGCGGCCGUAGCUUCCUCUCUGCUCGCGCGUCCGACUCGCAAGAUGGCGCCGCAGAAAGACAAGAAGCCCAAGAGGUCAACCUGGAAGUUUAAUUUGGACCUUACUCAUCCAGUAGAAGAUGGAAUUUUUGAUUCUGGAAAUUUUGAGCAAUUUCUACGGGAGAAGGUUAAAGUCAAUGGCAAAACUGGAAAUCUCGGGAAUGUUGUUCACAUUGAACGCUUCAAGAAUAAAAUCACAGUUGUUUCUGAGAAACAGUUCUCUAAAAGGUAUUUGAAAUACCUUACCAAGAAAUACCUUAAGAAGAACAAUCUUCGUGAUUGGCUUCGAGUGGUUGCAUCUGACAAGGAGACCUACGAACUUCGUUACUUCCAGAUUAGUCAAGAUGAAGAUGAAUCAGAGUCGGAGGACUAGGCAAAGGCUCCCCUUACAGGGCUUUGCUUAUUAAUAAAAUAAAUGAAGUAUACAUGAGAAAUACCAAGAAAUUGGUUUUAGUGUAUCAGUGAAUAAAAAAUACUAUACUCUUGAA